AGAUCGGGAUUUCGUUUGAUCGAGGUCACACAGGUAAAACCGGUUGAGCUGUGACGUCACAACCGAUUGUCAACACACUCUGGUGCUCCGUGUUGCGCGGGUCGUUUACAAACAUGUCCCUCAAGAAAGAAAAGAGAGAAGAGCUGCAGGAAGCAUUCAUCAUGAACCAGGGGCCUGAUCAGAGGCUGCCCCUGAGGAUGCUGGGAGUUGUAGUCCGCUCCAUCGGUUGUAGCCCUCGUGAGUCCGACCUCGCCAAGAUCGAGAAGGACCUUGGUGGGAGAGGUGUGACAUCACUGGACUGCGGUCAGGUCGAGCAGAUUGUCUCCAGCAACAGUUGGGUCCCAGAGUCUCUGGAGACACUCAAGGAUGCAUUCCAGACAUUUGACCACGAGGGAAACGGCUUCCUUCCAGCACGAGACUUGCGGUAUGUGCUCACUCACAUGGGGGACAAGCUCGGUGAUGAGGAGGUCGAUGAGAUGAUCAGGGAGGUCGACCUUACUAGCGAUGGACAGGUCAACUAUGAAGUUCUCUCCAAGUCCUUGUUAUCCUACAUCUGAUCGUCUGGUCUCUUUUCGGCUUUGUAUAAAACAUAUCACAUGCGAGAGAGAUGGUUAACCAGAUAGUAGGGAUUCUGACAUGAGGUGCCGGUCAAAGGGAGAUAACUCAUUCUGCCCCCAGAUGUCAAGAAUGGCUCCACAGUGGAUCAAGAGACAAGUUCAUAUCCUCACAUUCACUUACAGUUAUUUUAAUAACACAUUUCCAAUAUUUAUUUCUUAGUACUGGAAACAUUCCAUAAAUAUAUAUAUAUGUAUAUUAAAUGGCAGUUUGAAAUCUUCACGGAACUAACUGAGCAAAUGAUGAAUUUUUUGACACAUUGGUCUUCACUCUCUUCAAGCAUUGUUGUUAUAUGUUGUUUUGAGAUUUGUCUUUUCACGAAAUAUUAUUUACAUUGACUGUGUUUAUCAUCUGGAAUAUUGUUGAAUAGCUUGGUACAUAUUUCUAUAGUAUACAUAUCUCCACGUUAGAUUUAAGCCACUCUGCAUUGCAUUUCGAUCAACUGAAUACCUAUAAAAAAGUAUAUCUAUGCCAGUUUUGUAGGUAUAUGUAACUGUAUAAUCUAAACAUACUGGAAAAUGCUUGUCACUUUUUCUUCUGAAUAAAUUGGUUACUUUUAGGACAUAUUUAGGAUAUUUGGCUUGUUAACAUAUUUAAAUAUGCAAAAGUUGAUUUUUUUAUUUCUCAGCCAUUUGAGUAUUUUGUUUGAUGUAGAUAAAAGGUGAAUACAUGCAUAUCGUUACUUA